CUUAGACUGAAAGCCUGCACGUGUAUCCAAAACAGAAUCGAAGGAGCAGCAGAACGUAUUAGGUCAUCACCUCCAAGACAGCAAAAUGGAAAAUCCAACUGACGUCGUGGUCGGGCAGCAUCAGUUGCAAACUGAACAUAAUCAAGAAAAUAACACAAAAUUUCAAAACCUAUUGUUAAAUGUGCAAUCUGUGGCCUAAGUGAUGCACGAUACCGUUGUCCUGGAUGCCACAUGCAGACCUGCUCUGUGUCGUGCGUCAAGCAGCAUAAACAGAUCAGUGGCUGCACCGGCCAACGAGAUAAAACAAACUACGUCCCGAUCCGAGAGUUCACAGAAACACAUCUUCUAAGUGAUUACAGAUUUCUAGAAGAAGCAGGAAGAAAAGUGGAUAUUGCAUCAAAAGAUGCACGUCGGUUUCACAGCAAGUCGCGGCCUAUCAGGGUCACUACCUUCUUAAAGCAUGCAAGACAAAGGGGUGUAGACCUGAGACUUAUGCCCUACCCCAUGACGAAAAGAAAAAUCAACACUUCUAUUUAUCAAUAUGCAUCCAAGUCAGUUCACUGGAGAGUGGAGUGGGUGUUUCCACACGAGCAGCUAACAUUUAUUGAUAAAGGGUUCAAGGACAGCCAACUGUUGACAGAGGGUGUUGAAAGACACAUACAGGCAUAUUUACAGUCCCAUACCAGCAGCUGUCUUCAGGCAUCCAAUGCUGUGCAAAUCCAUCCGGACUUGAGCUUGUACACAGAAGAGGGAGGACACAGCUAUCAUAUUUUAAUGAAAGUGGAAGGGCUUCCUGGAAAAAAAGAAAGGUUUUACAAAAUGGAUAUUGACAAAAGUUUAUGUGACAACCUGUGCGGGAAACGAGUCAUUGAAUUUCCCAGGUUGUUGGUUAUACCGGUGCACCUGGCCAACACUUAUCUCAUUCUUUCCAAAGAGGAAGAAACAGAACUUCAAAAGCCACCUCAUUUGCAGCAGCAACACAUCACAUCACAGUGCUUGCGACCUCGCUACACAGAGGAGGAAAUCUUUGAUCCCAACUCAUCAAUUUACAGUGCAUGAAGCUAUAUUGGUUGAUCAUUGUUUUCUCUAUGAUGGUCACUCAUCAUAAAAAUGUGUACGCCACAGAGAGCAAAUGCUUUAGAAAAUUAUGUGCACAUAUAGAUGCUUAUUUUUUUCUCACACCAUGAAAUUUGCAUAGGUGUCACAAGGUUUCAUGUUACUUCUAAAUUAUAAGAAAAAUAUAUGCUAUAAACAAAGGAGCGCUUAAACUGAUGUGUCCAGGCAGGGUCAUUUUAAGAUAUAUGGUCUUCCUACCAAAGAACUCUGGCCAACACCUCAUGGCUAGUAAUGUGAUAGGUAACCCAGUAAGUCAGACAUUUCACCCUGCUUCCCUACCUAGGAUUUUUAACAGCAUUGUAAAUAAAGUGAGAAUACUUUUCA